CUAUAAAUAAGGGUAGAGAAGAGAGGCAAAAGAAAUAAAGAACGUUCACAUGGCUUCUUCAACGAGGAUCUCAAGGCUGCUCUCUCGUUCUCUCCUUUCUGCUACCUCUAGUCCUUUGUUUUCUAGAGGUGGAGGACUCAGUAAAUUCAGCACUGCUGCUGCCACUGAAGUACCAAUUAAACCAGCAGUUAGAGUAGAACACACCCAGCUCUUAAUUGAUGGAAAAUUUGUCAAUUCCGCUUCCGGCAAAACUUUUCCAACGUUGGAUCCCAGAACAGGAGAAGUGAUUGCUCAUAUUGCUGAGGGGGACCAUGAAGAUGUUGAUAGAGCAGUUGGCGUUGCUCGCAAGGCAUUCGACCACGGACCUUGGCCUAAGAUGACAGCCUAUGAAAGACAAAAGGUAUUGCUACGUGCUGCUGAUCUCAUUGAAAAACACACUGACGAGAUUGCUGCACUUGAGACAUGGGAUACUGGGAAGCCAUACGAACAAGUUGCUAAAAUUGAAGUUCCAAUUGUGGUUCGCCUAUUUCGAUACUAUGCUGGUUGGGCAGAUAAGAUUCAUGGUCUCACAGUUCCAGCUGAUGGGCCUUACACUGUACAAACAUUGCAUGAACCUAUUGGUGUGGCCGGUCAGAUCAUUCCAUGGAACUUUCCUCUUCUCAUGUUUACCUGGAAGAUUUGCCCAGCAUUGGCCUGUGGUAACACUGUUGUGAUCAAAACAGCUGAGCAGACUCCUUUAUCUGCUAUCUAUGCAUCAAAGUUGCUUCAUGAGGCAGGACUUCCUCCUGGUGUGUUGAACGUCAUAUCUGGUUUUGGUCCAACUGCUGGUGCUGCCAUUGCCAGUCACAUGAACGUAGACAAGCUUGCUUUCACUGGUUCAACCGAUACUGGAAAAAUUGUCCUUGAACUGGCAGCUAAAAGCAAUCUUAAGCCUGUUACUCUGGAGCUUGGUGGCAAAUCCCCUUUUAUUGUAUGCGAUGAUGCUGAUGUAGAUGAGGCUGUUGAGCAAGCACACUUUGCAUUAUUCUUUAACCAGGGACAAUGCUGUUGUGCUGGGUCAAGAACAUUUGUACACGAACGUGUGUACGAUGAAUUUGUUGAGAAAGCAAGGGCACGUGCUUUGAAACGUGCUGUUGGUGAUCCAUUCAAAGUGGGAAUAGAGCAAGGUCCUCAGAUUGAUUCAGAACAAUUUGAGAAAAUAUUGAAGUAUAUUAGAUCUGGUGUUGAAAGUGGAGCUACACUCGAAACUGGAGGAGAUAGAUUUGGCAACUCCGGCUUCUAUGUUCAACCCACUGUCUUCUCAAACGUUAAGGAUGAUAUGCUGAUUGCAAAGGACGAGAUCUUUGGGCCAGUGCAAUCCAUAUUAAAAUUCAAGAACAUUGAUGAGGUGAUUGAAAGAGCAAACAACACACACUAUGGGCUUGCAGCAGGAGUUUUCACAAAAAACAUUGACACGGCAAACACUUUGAGCAGAGCAUUGAAAGUUGGAACAGUGUGGGUGAACUGCUUUGACGUAUUUGAUGCAGCAAUUCCCUUUGGAGGGUACAAAAUGAGUGGUCAAGGAAGAGAAAAAGGAGAAUACAGUCUCAAAAAUUACUUGCAAGUGAAGGCUGUUGUCACACCCUUGAAGAACCCAUCUUGGCUUUGAACAUCAUUAAAUUGUUUUUAUUCCUAUAAUCCAGUUUCAUUUUAUGCUUCUGAAAAAUACUGUGUAAAAUAUAAUCUAGAGAUGGGUUUGUAGCUGAGAUUGAAACAUGUAACCUCAUAUUACCUUUUCUCAUAACACAUUAUUCGAUUUUAGUAAAUGAAAAUGUUAUUAUUGAACUUUCC